AUGUGGCCUGCGCUGCAGACGCCCUGGAUUCUGUCCAGCAUGCAUGAUGACGCUUGUAGCAUGCACUUGCUGCAGACUGCGAUGACCAGAAGAGCUCCAGAAGUGCCCUGGUCUCCUUCCUGGUCCCAGCUGCAGCAGGACGCAGACAUCCGCAGGAGUGACCUGCACCUUCGCCUGGAGAAUUCCCAGCUUAAAGGUGCCCUUUCCAGGGAGCUUCUGCAACUGUCCGCGUCGCUUCAUGGCAGGCCCAGUAGCUUCAGCUUGCAAGGCAUCGACUCCGGCGAGCCUUUACCUUUGACGCUUCUUGUCGCCUCAAUCCUCACGUGCAUCUACAUUCUGAUGUACUUGAAACAUCUUUUUGCUUUCUUCUUGCGCAAGAAGUAUAUCGAGACGAGCAACCGUCGCUGGAUACAUGUCAAGGAGCGUGAGCGUGCUCCUGAUUUUGCCGACUGUGAGAGACAGAUGACUGAACGGUUUUGCUGCAAUGCAACGCAUAAGACCGUCGUGCGACUGUUCCUGAUCGUUAUCGCGGCAACUGCAUGCGGAUCCUACAUGCUGCGCGAGGGUUAUUUUGACGCCGUCAAAGACAAGCUGUACUUGGCCUUAGUCAUCUUGAUGAUCCUCCAAGUCAUUGUUGCGAUGGCUUGGACUUACAUUGAGAAUCGUCUGAAGCCUUUCUGGCGCCUCUACGAAGUCAUCUGGCGGCUGCAGGCAGCUGUCAAAUCUGGGCCCUCGGCAGUCCUUCAGUACCUGCAGUCCUUCAGACGGCAUAGUGAACCAGCCGGCCUCCGCUAG